CCCCGCUUGACCCCACUUGGGCAAGGCGAUCUCGGAGGCGCCGCGCGCAAUUUUACGCGCCCAGUCACAUGGCCCGAGGAAGCCAGCAGGAAGUGGAUUGUGGUUCCUGGGUUGCGCGUCAGGGCCGCCGCUUUGCGCCCGGGCGCUUGGGGAGGCGAGCAGAGCGGAGGUGGCUGCGAAAUCCGAGAGUUUCUUUGCCUUUGACCAAAAGCUUGAUUCUAGGGGAACUAUGAAAAAACUCCGCUGAGAGAAGAUGACAUAGUCCGAGAUCACUUUUGCUAUUCCUACCAGAGCAUUUGCAAAUGUAACGCACCCAGCUCUGCUGCAUUUGUAAUAUCUUCAGUGAUGAGACACUGCUGGAAGGAAGCAUGGAUAAGAAUAUUGCAGAGCAGCUCAAUAAGGCGUACGAAGCCUUCAGACAGGCGUGCAUGGAUAGAGACUCUGCUGUGAAGGAGCUAAAGCAAAAGACAGACAGCUAUGAAAAGCAGAUAUGUGAACAACAAAACCAAAUUGUAUUUCUUACGAGCACUGUCACAAAACUCAACUCACAGUUGGCUUCUUUGAGCUGCAACAAAGAAGACAGCGAAACAAGAAGAAAUGGUACAUUACUCAACUUGAAUGCUGAUCAGCUGUAUGAAAAGCUGCAGUUGGCAAUGCAAAGAGAGAAGUUUUUAAAGGAACAAUUGGAGGGUGAGAGUGUAAAGUUAAAGGAAACCGAAGAGGAAAGCAAUUUAAAAGAAAGGAAAUUUGAAUCUAUUAUCGCCAUCAAAGAAGAUGAAAUACGGCUUCUGAAGAAACAGCUGAAAGAAAUAAGUGAGGCACAAAAUUCCAUGCCAGGACCAAGAAACGAGAAAGAGGCAAGGAAUGGAAAACAUGCUUCAUCUAGGCAGGAAUCAUCUCCAGGGGCCUUCAGUACAGAUGCCUGUGAAAGGGAUGAACUGGAGGCUAUUUUCUGGGGCAUGAAGGAAGAAUUUCAUCACAUACGCGUACUAGCUAAAGCACAGACGGACCAGCUGAGUAAAUUUAAACUACGGAGAGAACCUGUAACUGAAAUUCCAUUCUCCACGCCUAUCCAGUGCACCGAUGAACAAGCAGAUGACCUCUGUAAUCCUUGGGUUAAAAAGGAUCUAAACAGAGGUGUCCCACACUUCCCAUCCACCACUCCAAGAGGGAUGGGGCAGGACGAGGAAGAAAAUUCUGUGGAGUCCCUUUCUCAGUUUAAUGUCAAGUUUCCGCCCAUAGACAACGAUGCUGCUUUCUUGGAAAGCACCCCGGAUGCUCCAGGAAUCCCCUGCAUUGUGAUGACUGAGAACAUGCUUCCAGAUCAGCCGUUUCAUAGGGACCUUGGAGACCAGGACGUGAGCUACAGCGAGGUGAAGCGCAACAUGUUUGAGGGCCAUGGCACUGACUCAAGCACUUCAGCUGCACAUAACCUGCCAGCUGCUAGUAAAGCCAAAUCUUCAGCCGCCCACACAAACGCACUCGUACAGAGUCCUUUGGACAACCCUCUGUGUUUUCAAGUGCCUUAUGCGUACGGCUAUGGGGCCACUGUCUUUCCAGAUCAAGAUAUCCCUGAAAUAAAACUUCCUUCUUUAGAAGAUAACAAGAGCCCUGUUGGAGUCCCUCAGCAGCCACUCUGGGAGCCAUAUCACACUCAAGACAAUGACGUAUUGGCACUUCCUUCUGCAGACUCGGAACUUGAUCAGACUGGAAUAUGUGAAUUCUGUCAGAAAGUUUUUCCGCCCUCUAGUACAUCAGAGGACUUUCUGAGGCAUCUGAAUUCACACUUCAACUUGAAGUCCUAGUGUCACCCGAGUACAGAUUUUUUGUUGUUGUUGUUCUUG